GUCCCCAGCCGCCGCGGCCGCCCCGCAGCCCCCAGCCGGACCAUGGCGACUGACAUUCCUCUUGAGGCCAUUGGCUUCUUGUCUGCAGUUGGGAUCUUUAUCAUGCUUCUGGCCGUCCUGUUCCUCUUCAUCAGCAAGAAGCUGUGUUUUGAAAAGAUAGUUCUUCCAUGCUUGGAGCAACAAGGCAAAAGAAAGCACUCUAAAGACCAGACUGGGAUCCACGAAGGGCUGGUGAACAGCUUUGGAAAUGAUGAAGAGCUGUGCACAUCUUCUGACACUGACGAAGAGGUGAUGAAGCAAUUUGAGAUUUCUGUGUCCCGGUCCCAGAGCUUCCGGUCAAGAGUGUCUGAGAAAGGCAAGCAGACAAGAUCAGAGCAGAAACCAAAAGUCUGCCAUUUGCUCUCUACCGGGGAAGAGGACAGAACCCAGGUGUCUGCCUGUGAAGAUUUGGAUGGAGCAAGGCAACUGCAUUAUUCUGAGAAUUUGUCUUAUGGUGAAGAUGAGCCCACCUCUGCCCAUGCACAGUCCCUAUGUGAGGUGGGGGAUACCAGGCACCAUGGUGCAUCUCCCCAGGAGACCAGUGUGGUCCACAGGCUCAGUCGCCAGUCCACAGAGGGCAGCUUGGAGAUGGAAGCCGCUUUUAAUAACCGGGGACUUGAAGACUCCUAUGCCACCGAUAGUUCCUCCGUGUGGAGCCCAGAGGAGCAGGAUGGGGCUGAUUUUCAGCUGCCAUCAGGGGUCCCAGAGCCCAUCCCAAAGUGUGGUGAUCUGGAUGUCAUCUUUGAAUAUAGAGCUGCCAGCCAGAAACUCACAGUGACCAUUGUGAGAGCACAGGGCCUUCCGGAUAAGGACCGAAGUGGCAUCAACUCCUGGCAAGUUCAUGUAGUCCUGCUGCCCAGUAAGAAACAGAGGGGCAGGACGAGCAUUCAGAGAGGGCCCAACCCUGUCUUCAAGGAGAAGGUCACCUUCACCAAGCUGGAGCCCAGAGAUGUGGCUGUCUGUGCCGUCCGCUUCCGCCUGUACGCUGCCCGCAAGAUGACCCGUGAGAAAAUGAUGGGAGAGAAGCUGUUCUAUCUCAGCCACCUGCACCCAGAAGGGGAAAUGAAAGUGACUCUGGUUCUGGAGCCAAGAAGUAACAUCAGUAGUGGAGAGUCUCCGCUCAGCCCAUCUGCCGUUUCUCACAGUGAUAGUGCUUCAUCCACGCAGUCGCUGUCUCAUGGAGGGGCACCAGAGCUGUUGGUGGGGCUGUCCUACAAUGCCACAACGGGGCGAUUAUCUGUGGAAAUGAUCAAAGGCAGCCAUUUCCGAAACCUCGCUGUGAACAGAGCGCCUGAUACAUAUGGAAAGCUCUUUCUCCUCAAUUCCGUGGGUCAAGAGAUGUUCCGCUGCAAGACGUCCAUUCGACGUGGUCAGCCCAAUCCUGUCUAUAAGGAGACCUUUGUUUUCCAGGUGGCCCUCUUUCAGCUCUCUGAUGUCACCUUGAUGAUCUCCAUUUAUAACAGGCGCACUAUGAAGCGUAAAGAGAUGAUUGGUUGGAUUGCUCUGGGUCAAAACAGUAGUGGAGAGGAGGAACAAGACCAUUGGGAGGAAAUGAAGGAGACCAAAGGCCAGCAGGUCUGCAGAUGGCACACCUUGCUCGAAUCCUAGGUUUGCCCACAGGUGUCUCUAUGCUACACCCCCCUUGGUGAGCCUAGUGGUUGACCUCUAACACCAACUCAGUGUAUGCUGGCAGGCUCUUUAAAGACAGGCUUUCAAAUAGGGAUUGGAUUCCACUAACCACUAGAACAUUCUGAGUGGGGGGUAGGGGUGCUGUGAGGAGAGGAGAUCUUUGGUUUUCUCAAGGUUUGAAUUGGAUUUAAGUAUUGUGAUUUUUUAAAAAAUUCUACAUAUACAGUCAACUAUGUGGAAAAUGUUACCAUAGUUGCAAGCAGUGAUGAUGAGUUAAUUUGUGCUAAUAGGUUAUUGAGGUGGUUCAGGCUGUGGGAUGAAGCUUCUCUUGCUCUCUCUUCUGUUUGCUCGAACAGUAACCUCAGAUUGCAAGGGAGCUGUUAAAUGUUAUUGUUUGUAACCACUUAUGCGUAUAAAUCAGAAUUGUCUUAAUAUGGUGCAAAACACUCCAAAAUACAGAAAUGAGUCAGACACUCAAAGAAGAAUGUAACUGUCACCCAUAGUCUCCUAUUUCACAUUUUUUCUCUUUUUCAAAACCCCCCUCACUUAUUUACCUAACAAACAAAUGUCAUAAACGUGCACUUAUAAAAGAAAUUUGUAUUAACUAAAUACCUCUUUCUAUUGAAUAUAUUGUUAUUUCCUAUGAGGUUUGGUUAGCUAAAUCAUUUUGAAGCUAAAAAAUAGUUCAAAAACGACUGUUGAAAGACCACUUGUCUCCUUUGAAUAUAUUUCAGACUUGUAACUUCCAAGGUUUUUAUGCUCUUUUUCUCACCUAAUAAAUUCUUGCAGAACGAGAAGAAAACCAAAA